CACGCUCCCGCCCCACACACACACACACACGCACACACACGCACGCACACACCACCGCCGCCAGCAGCACUUUUCCUGCAUGUGGCCCCGUGUGCGCAGAGUCAAGUUUUCGCUCAACAGAUAGCAGCUCAGUGAUCCUUUGUAAACUGUAGCGUAGCGUUCACGGCGCAAGAAGGACGCGGACUUUUCUCGUCCACGGCUCUCAUCGUCAAGGUUUUUUACAUGAGUUCAAAGUCAACCAACCAGUGAUCACUGGAAGCUGGGGAUCGAGUCUUUCAGGUUUUCUUGGGUCCCUUGUGGCCGAGCUCCUAGAAGCCACAGCAGCCUCGCCACACAUGGGCUGCAGCUGGACCACCGCUGGCUACUCUGAACAGAAGGGUUCUGUGGUCAGAGGGGCUGGAUCCACAUCCAUAUAUCUACACAAAGCUGUGGAUAUGGGCUGCAUGGAGAUCAAACCCCACUCGCUGACAUGGAGGGCUUUCUUCGUAGCAGCUUUUUACUGAGCAGAGUCAUGUCUUCUAAGCAAGCCACAUCACCUUUUGCGUCUGUGGUUGACGGUGACGAUGCUAUGAGUCAGGAGCACUUGUCUUGGGAGAAAGAUGAAAGCGCAGAGGCCCACGGCACACCUCAGCUGCCCCUGCACAGUCUGCUCCAUGGCAAAGCCCCAGAUGAAAUGCAGCCGCUCAGCAGCGUGCCACCAGAGAGUGACUGGGACAGCCUGGUGUCAGCACAGCAGCGCAUGGAACCUGACAGCAAUAAAGUAUGUUCCCUGUACUCCUUCCGGAACACUUCCACUUCUCCACACAAACCUGAGGAGGGGGCCCGGGAGCGGAGUGACAUGCUGAGCGGAUCAGCAUUCGGGACUCCGGAGCGCCGCAAAGGAAGCCUGGCAGACGUUGUGGACUCGCUGAAGCAAAAGAAGCUGGAGGAGAUGACAAAGACAGAGCAAGAUGAAUCUUCAUGCAUGGAGAAACUUCUUUCUAAAGACUGGAAAGAGAAGAUGGAGAGGCUCAACACCAGUGAGUUACUGGCAGAAGUUAAAGGUACCCCAGAGGGUCUGGCAGAAAAGGAGCACCAGCUCUCCACAAUGAUAACCCAGUUGAUAAGUCUGCGAGAGCAACUCCUGGCUGCCCACGAUGAGCAGAAGAAGCUUGCUGCUUCACAGAUGGAGAAACAGAGGCAGCAAAUGGAGUUGGCUCGACAGCAGCAGGAGCAGAUUGCACGACAACAACAGCAGCUUCUGCAACAGCAGCACAAAAUCAACCUCCUUCAGCAGCAGAUCCAGCAGGUCCAGGGUCACAUGCCUCCGCUCAUGAUCCCCAUCUUUCCACACGACCAACGCACUCUAGCAGCAGCAGCUGCCGCCCAGCAAGGCUUUCUCUUCCCUCCUGGAAUGUCUUACAAGCCAGGUGAUAACUACCCAGUGCAGUUCAUUCCAUCCACAAUGGCAGCUGCAGCAGCGUCAGGACUCAGCCCCCUCCAGCUCCAGCAACUGUACGCCGCCCAGCUUGCCAGCAUGCAGGUGUCUCCUGGAGCCAAAAUGCCUCCUCUACCACAACCCAUCAACACUAGUGGGCCCAUCUCUCCUUCGUCUCUGAAGAACGACAAAAGUUCUUCAAGCCCCAUCACUCAAGUAAAGGAGGAGGGAACACAGCCCCUCAACCUGUCUGCUCGGCCAAAGACGACAGAAAUGGUCAAAUCUCCGACAUCCCCAACAUCAAACCUGUUCCCAGGCAGUAAAAGCAGCCCUAACAGUCUCAUUGGCAAAGGCGGGAUCCCCAGCCCGCUUGGAGGAGGCCUCGGCCGGGACAUUCUGUCCACUCUAAACUCCACCGCAUUGUUUGGGGACCAGGACACAGUGAUGAAGGCGAUCCAGGAGGCUCGGAAGAUGAGGGAGCAGAUCCAGAGGGAGCAGCUGCAACAUCACCAGCAGGGCAUAGAUGCGAAGCUGUCUGCCCUCAGCUCAGUGGGCCUCAACCACUGUAGGGUUGAUAAGGAGAGGGUGCAUUUCGACAGCAUCGGACACCACCUUGGCAAACUGGGAGAGGAAGGGAAAAUCGGCCACAGAGUGAUCGACCUCACCAGGCCUGAGGAUUUAGAUGGGUCCAAGGCAGUCAAUGGCUCUGCAGAUAAACCCGAACCCUAUUAUUGUUGGCCAACAGGAGGUGCUGGAUCUAACGAGGCGCGGGUCUUCAGGGAGUCCCGAGGACGGAACAACAACGAGCCCCACAUUAAAAGGCCGAUGAAUGCGUUCAUGGUGUGGGCCAAAGAUGAGCGGCGCAAGAUCCUCCAGGCGUUCCCGGAUAUGCACAACUCCAACAUAAGCAAGAUUUUGGGUUCUCGGUGGAAGGCUAUGUCUAACCAGGACAAGCAGCCGUACUACGAAGAGCAAGCUCGCCUGAGUAAGCUUCACCUAGAGAAGUAUCCAAACUACAAGUACAAGCCACGACCUAAGAGGACCUGUAUUAUAGACGGCAAAAAGCUUCGUAUUGGAGAGUACAAGCAGAUGAUGCGCUCACGGCGACAAGAGAUGAGACAGUUCUUCACUGUGGGCCAACCACCUCAGAUUCCCAUCACCACCAGCACUAGUAUGGUCUACCCAGGAGGCCUCACCAUGGCAAACACCACACCCUCACCUCAGAUGACGUCAGAGUGCUCCAGCGCCUCAGUCAGCCCUGAGCCGUCCAUUCCCGUCAUUCAGAGUACUUACAACAUGAAGCUGGAGCCCAGUGCCAUGGUGAACAACAGCGAGCCGGUCAACGGCGAGGAUGAGAUGGACAUGUACGAAGACUUCGAGGACGAGCCCAAAUCAGACUAUAGCAGUGAGAAUGACACACAGGAGCCGGUCAGCGCCAACUGAGACGCAUUUUACUGAUGCAGAGACAGCAUUCACACAGGAGGAAGCCCAAAGGGCUGUUCUGAUGUGAGGGAGGGAAGGAGCAAAAAGAACAACAAAAACUUUUACCACAUGGGUUGGAGAAACAUUUUAAAAGAAAAAUAAUAUGUAUCAUGUAGAAGCCUGCAUGCAGCUAUGGCUUCAUCAGUCGAAAGCUAUUUGGUCUUAAUUAUUUCUUCAAGUUUGUGAAACAAUUUAUUUUGUGGUAAUUUAUAUAAUUUUUUUUUCAUUGUUUGUUUUUUCAUUAAAGAUCAUAGAUGGUUACAGUUAGUUUGUUGCCUAAAGCAAAGACAGAACUUGAAGCUAAACAUUUGGUAUGAACCUAAAAUACUUAAAGUCACAUUGUUUUCAUUUAUUAUUAUAUGAUUUUGUUACGUCACCUAACUGUUCAAGAUGGGAAAAUAUCCUCACUCAGGUAUAGUGUGCCAGCCAACAGCUUGUGAAUGUUUUUAACAAAGAGAAAAAAUAAUAUCAAAACACAAUACGGAGGGAUUCCAGUUUAGUCACAUUAUUAUUAUUAAUUAUUAUUGUUAUUAUUAGUUUUUGCUGCAUAAUUCUGUGUGAAAGUGCCAAACAUUUUAUGUUUUUUCCAUGAGAGGUUCUGAAGACAAUCUCUUCAUCUCUUAAUGCAGCUUCAUUGUACAGGAUUUCUUUGCUCUACCAGAAAAGGACAAAUGAAACUCAGGAACUUGGAGGCAGCAAGUUCUGCAGGAAGUAAGUUACACCUGUGAGUGGAAGGUGACCGUAGCUAUACUCCACAGAGAUCAAUGCAGUGGGCAUCAGCGUCGAGAGCAACCCCUUUUAUAUUCCUACUCCCAGUCCGUACAGAGCAUUGUGGAAUCCUUCACUCAGUUUCAGCUCUUCCACCCUGUCUGAAUCACCAGGAUCUUAAUCGGUGAUUGUAAUCAGGCCAGAAUUCUAAAGGGCCAAAGUCCCCCAAUCUGCAGGAUUGGAACAGAAGUGAAAGGCAGCUUUGGUGGCAUUACAAUCUUAAAUUGAUGUUGUACAAUGUGUGGCUGCAAAGCCACAGUACAUUCUAUUAAACACUUUAGCCCUAUUUGGAUUGCAUGUUUAAAGUCUUGGGUCUUAAAAUGUAAUUUUUUCAGACAUUGUAAAUCUUAAACAGACACUAAGAAGUCUUAAAGCAGGGCGAUCAUCUUGUUGCUGCAGUGGAAUGAUUACUAAAGUCGUAGUGAAAGGAGUGUUAGGAAGUCCCUCAACAAGAAGAGCUUGACGUCGUGUUUGUUUCUCCACUUCCGUGCAUCUCACAAAAUUGACUUGAUUUCUUGUUUCUUUUAUAAUGCAAUUACAUAAGGCCUCUGCCAGCUGCAAGCUGUGUUGUAGAACUUCUUAUAUCUCUUAAAUGCAACAUACUCUGAAACACUCAUUGCCAUCUACAACUACUCUUUGAAGAAACUUGUAUGAUAUAAGUUGAACUGAACUAAAAGAAAAAAAAAUUCAUGCACCCUUCCGCCUGUCGAAGACAUUUAAGGGGAUUGGAGAGGGGGGUGAUGUUACGGAGCAGUCUAGAGCAGAAGGUCUAAGCGACUGUCCUCUCAGCCACGUGUGUUUCUGACCCCAGCCUUCGCCAAUCUCAGCACUCAGGGGGGCACCAUCUGGCUUGGAGAAAGGGAAAGCAGCAGGAAGGAGUGGGGAAACAAUAAAACUGGGUGUGUGUCCCUCAUUGUGCUCUCCAUCAAAGUGCUGAAAGUAAGGCCUCAACAGGGCUUCCACCCUGGCCGUAUCACCAGGCACUGGCGAGCAGAUGGAACAAGUACAUCAAGCUGUGGGGGAUUAUUAAAAUGACUGACGAGUGAGUAUCGUCUGAAAUGCAGCAUUAUUAAUGCAUGAGUCCAGUUAUUCCCCUCCCUUGCCCUUGAAUCUGUCCAUUUCAGUGAGAGCGCAGAGCUUUUUGAAGAAACUGAAUAGAUGGUCACUGGAUUUAAAUGGUCAAGAUCCCCCACUGCUGGUCACUGCAUCUUUCUCCUGCCUCUAAUUGGUACAGGUGGCUGGCUACGCCUUGCUCUUUAGCACUUCUUAUUUGCAUUACAUAAACUUUUACAAACAUUCAUAUGAAAUUUAUUUGUGUUUUCUUUAAUCAGUUUUUGUUAUUCUCCAUUUUAUUUUUUUGUUGCAUUUUUGUUUUUUCUUUUUUUACAUUUUAUAAUUGUUAAACAUCAAAAAGCAAUCAAUGGAUGCUGUCCUACAAGUCAAACCUUCUCCCUCCAAGUCAACCAGUUUGGUAUUUUUAAGGUGUUUCCUCCUGUUUGCUGGUGUUUAGACUGAUUUGUAUGUGAUUGUAAAUAAUUUUAUGACCAUGCCAAGCUACUUCAGUUGGUUGGUGUUAGGACUCUUCAAAAAAUUGACACUUGACUGUGCUUAUACAGCAAAAACUCUUAAAAAAAAGAAGAAGAAAAAAAAAGGACAACACAAGCUCACAAAGAGACAAUGUGUUAUAAGCACUGGAUAUAAAUCAUAUUUUUUAGCAAUUCUGAUUAAUGUGAAGUUGUUUGACGAAGAACACCAUGGAUGAACAGGAUUCCCCAGCCUGACUCAAGCGGGUUUAUUGUCACACUUGCCAGAUUUGGGUCAUUUUUACGUUCAGUUUUUUGUCUACUUAUUUUCUGUAUUUAUGCAAAGACACGAGCGAUGAAAGAACGCUUUGUUUAAAUCACAGCUAUUAAAAAGACUCAGCACAAAAAUGUGAGCAAAAGACUUGGCAGCAGGCUCAGAGAGAGCUGUGAAGCAAGAUGUCAGUGCAUUGUAUAUUGUGUUUGAUACGAAAGUGUAUCAACAUACUGUAUUUAUUAUUAGCCUCUGCUGGCUCUAAAAUUGACAGUAAACAACAAAACCAAGGACAAUCACAAAAAAUAAUAAUCUGAGAUAAAAAAAUUUUUUUAAAAAUCUGUGGAUUCACCAACUUGUUAAGAUUUAUUGUAAAUAUAAGCAAUGAAUAUUUUUGUUCAUUGGUAUAGGUUAUGUAUUUGGCUGUUUUAUUUCCUCUUUCCCGCUGUUUGUCCCAACAGCAGACAAAUGGCUGUACCUCAUGUGGAUGAUGAACUUUUCUGCUAAUUGGAAGUUUGGUCCCAAUACAGAGUGAAUCAUAGGUUUUUCUUGCCUAUUAAAAGCACGAAUACAACUUUACCUUAUCAGACUUAUAAGGAAAAAAGGUACUGAGUCAAAUAAGCACUUAAUGUAGAAAAUUUAUUAUACACCCAUUUGUUUCCAAUCAUAAAUGUCUGAUACAAUCUCAUCUUUAUGCUGUAUUUCCUUGCUUAGUUUUUUAAUUAUUAUUAUUUGUUUAUUUUAGCGAUUAACCAUUCAGUUCAGUAUGAAGCUCAGACUAUUUGAAGAUAUCUGCAUGCAUUGGACUUGCAUUGUCAUGAAAAUAACAAAAGGUACACAUUUGUAUUGUUUCAAAAAGCAGUUUCAAACACAAGAUGUUUUAUCCUUUCAAUGGUGGGAAGGCUCAAGUAUUUAUUUCUCUUAACAUUGUAAAAUGCACAGAUAUUAGGUGUAUCGCCAACUUUACAUAUGCUGUCAGUUUUCAACAAAAAUGUCAGACUACCCAGGUUCUCCCAAUUGGUCUCAAUUUUUUCUCCUGCAAUACAUGGAAAAUAGUUUGGAGGAACUGAAGACAAAGGAUUCCAUGCUGUUUGAAUAUUACUGUAAUUUGAUUUAUCUUUUUUUUUUUUUUUUUUUUGUUUGUCUAAACUUUGUGAUGUAAAUGGUGGGAAUGUUCUCUGUGUUAAUUUAAUCAGCACAAUUCACUGACAUGCUGGACUGACAUGCUCGCUGCUGUUCAGAAAGUAUAAAAAUGUGCCAUCUGGGGCAACAUUUUAAGCUGCCCUUGGUACUCUGCUCUUAAGAGUUGUCUUUUCAAGCAACACUGUGUGGGGCUCUUCUAUGACUGGAGCCGCUGUUUUGACAAAAUGCUGGCAGCCUGAAACGAUUUUCUGUGCAGAAUCCUUUCGAUUAUUUCCUCUCCUUGGAGGUACCUGUUACCCCAUGGCAAGUAUUGUUUGGGUGUCAUUAGAGAACAGGAAAUACAUAGUGUCUGUUGCUGCUUAAAAAAAAAAAAAUGUCUGAAUAUGUAAAUAGUUUAUCAUAAUAUCUUGUACAGUCCAAUGUAAAGUUUUUAAUUCAACUUAAAAACGAUGUUGCCAUCACAUUUGUGUUCACAUUCUUCUUUAUACAAAACAGAAGAGGUCAAUUACUUGCAAGGGUGUAUUAUUGCUUGAUGAAAACAAAAAAAAAAGAAAAUGUUCAUUUUUUUUAUGUUUUUUUUUUUUGUUUUACUUGGCUUCAAAGUGUACACCAGCAUUCUUUGGUUUUCAUGUGCAGUAUUGACGUGAGGUAAACUUAAGGUGAAUAAUUUUACAUUGUUGUGUGUGUGAGUGUGUGUGUAUGGAGAACUGCAUCCUCAGCUUCGGUUGCAUUAAUACACUAUAAAAAGUAAAAACAAACCAAUGAUUGACACACACCGGCGCAUCUUAGCACCACGGAAGUGUGUUUACUGUAAAUUAUUAAAUUAUGCCCACAUGAUGACUUCAGACCGAUUAUAAAACAGCAUUUUAAAUAAUGCGUUGGUCUAUUGUACGAAUGGAGCAGUGGGCUGAAGAAACUGCCGGUUUUAGCUUAUUUACCUCAAGAAUUUCCUUGUUUUCUGUAAAGGAGACAAACAUUGUGUUGCAGAAAGGUUCACACAUCACUCCAUCUUUUGUACUGCUGUUGACACUUACCGAUUAAAGAGACAUUUUGUUUUAAAAACUUGAGUCUUUUUUUUCCAAUAACACUCUUUACAGUCUGCAGAAGAGCAAACAGCAUGAAGGUCUGUCGGGAAAAUGUAACUGAAGGAUUAAUUACAUAAAACCCACGUCAAUAAAAAAAAAAUAUUUCUUUA